AUUUUUUUGUUAUUUCAGCCCCCCGUGAUCAUUUCGUCGGGAUAAUUUUUUCUCCGCCUCUCUCCAAAACUUUGAAUUCAUUUUCUUCCCUGAUCGUUGAAUGAGGGUAAACACUCUCACUUCUUUAGACUCAUCAAAACUUGACAGCGCGUUGAGUGAUUUUUGCGAAGAUAAGGUGAUGCAUGAACUACCAGGCUCGCGAGAUAUUUGUCGAUAUUUGAUUUGCGUUUCGCGGAACUAAAGCAGAUCACAAACUUAUGGCGCAAAACUUAGGGGAUAAUCAGACUUUCUACUCUUCGCGAGCGCCUGAUAUACACAUUCAUACUACGAACAAGUCGAGGGCCAUGGCUGAUUGUACACUGGACGGAUCACUUUGGACAUCCCUAAUAUUCUUUUUUUUAAUUGCUAUCCUCGCCAUAUUCGGGAACGGACUUGUGUGCGCGGCAUUCGCAACCAACAAACGCCUCAGGAUUCUCACUAACUAUUAUGUCGUUUCACUGGCUGUGUCGGAUAUUUUGGUCGGGAGCUUUAAUAUCCCGCUUUGGAUGUACAUAAUGAAGAAAUCCCAUUGUGAAAGUGAGUAUGGCUACGGUUUUUACGAAGCUUUCAUCAUAUUCGACAUCUUGUGUGGUACGGCCUCGAUCUGGAACAUGACUGCCAUAAGCAUUGACAGAUUUGCAGCUGUGGUUUAUCCGACAGUUUACAAACAUCGCAUGAAGAGCACAAAACUCGCUGGCUGGACAAUCCUCGGUGUAUGGAUCUUUUCACUUUUCGUUGCCUUGCUUCGACUUGCAUACCAAAAAUUCAAUUAUGCCAUGUUUGUUGUGACUCUGAGCUUCUUUAUUCCGCUGUUGUUAAUCUUGUUUUCAUACGGAAACAUUUACCGCGUGGUUCGGUAUCGUGCAAAAUGGACUGGGUCCGUGUUGAUCGAGAUCAAACUGGCGCGAACUCUUUCGAUCGUGAUUGGUGCAUUCAUUCUCUGCUGGGGGCCAUUUUUCAUCAUCAACAUAGUAACCUAUUAUUGUGGCUACAAGACAUGUGAUUAUAAGGUUGCUAUUAAGGUAAUUAAAUGGCUUCAGUACGCGAGCACCUGCAUUAACCCUAUCAUUUAUACUAUCAGGAACCGUGAGUUUCGUUUCACCUUUCACAAGCUGAUUUUCCGUUGUAACUACAGAAAUGGAAAAUACGUGUUUAACCCCCAAGAAAAGCUAUCCAGUGGGUGGGGUUGCUGUCAGCUCGGCGGUCCCAUCGAUGUAGAUUUUGGCGAGAGUCGAUCGCGUUAUCCGACCUAUACCGAAGAAGCCAUGCUUUCUAGUUCGCGCCUUCGGAGUUCAACGACGCCUACUAAAAUUCAAGGGACAACUUUAGCCUUUGACAACUUAUCUUCGUCACAACACAUGCAGCCUAGUUGUGACACAGCCCAGCGUUUUCGUUCCUAACGUUUCUCACGGGAAAAGAGGACACAUGCAGUCGUAACACCUCCUGGGCUGUUAUUGCUACAAAGUAGUUGUACAUAGUACAGUUAAAAAAAGAACUGUACGUGAUAAUUAUGUCCGCUUGCAAAAAGUCUUAACAGUGCUUUGUGCUUAGUAGCGUAGAUAGAGAGACCCCGACUAUGAAGACAAAGGAUAGUGAAAAACCAAGGGAAACUUUCUGAGAUUUUGUUUUGCGAAAGAUAGACGAUAGAUCUAGCAGCGCCAACAAAAACAUCACCAAGUUACGGAUGAAGCGGGGCUGAAUUGAACAGAGAAACCUUUUUGACACCUUUCAUUCAAAUGUUCAGAAUGUGAUUUAGUUUUAUCAUCAUAAACCAUAAGCUACCAUAAGAGUAACUGAGAGGGUAUGACUCUCCAGAAAUAAAGAAGACAAAUCAAAUAACGUUUAUAAAAAAGAAA